AUGCUCCUACGGGAGCUGUUAAACGUACCCAUAAAAAAGUUGGGGUGGCUUCUAUCCCCACUCUUCAAGGGGCUUUCUCCUGAGAGACCUUUAUCUCACGGGGAGCAUAGAGAGAUGCAGUAUCUUCAAGUGCCAAUGGUACCACCCCAGAUAAUACUACCAAACAACGAAUCUUUUUCGGUAAGCCGACGCAGUUCCGAACAUGAGAGUGCCUUGUCCUCCAGGAGACCUUCUGCUAUUAUAGCAGCUCUCAGAAGGCCAUCUCAAGCCAUGGCCUUGUCAGCUGCACAGGCUGUUAUGCACCAGAGGCGGUAUCUUCUUGGAUUAUUCAAUGGUCAGAGUGAGGGCUCUAUUAAGAAGGAUACGGACACGAAAGAAGAUCGGAUCAGAAGAAACAACAGAAAGCUUGGAGAUGACUCGUUGACGAUAAUUCUAUCAGCUUUGUACGCCAAACUCUUAGUUGUACUAGGAAUGGCGUUUCCCAUUACCGAAAUUAUAUCUAAAGAUGUGCAACCGUUCUUUUAUCAGGGAUUUUAUUUAUAUCUCUAUUUAGGGAGUAUUUCGUUUGUGGCCUAUAUGUAUGCCUCUCUAAUAAGAGAAAAAGCUGUGGAGGAUCUUAUUAACUCCUAUAACAAAGAAAAAUCAGAUCCCUUAAGAAAACAACACAGGUCUGCUGUCAAAUAUGGAAGCUUUUACUUACGUCUAGGAGCUAUAGCUUUCGGGAUAGGCAGUAUGGUUUAUUCCGGUCUCGAAUUUGGACGUUACUUUGAAGUUAAGAACAAUCUUGAUUGCCAUUCUAACAUCUUAGAGGCAAUAUGUCCAGCUACUAGGAUGGUACUAACUUUGGUUCAAGUGCAGUUUAUAUUCCUUAAUAGCAAGGACGUCCAGUUCAAUAGGCACAAAAUUAUUGCAAGGUUUGGUUUGAUGCAUAUGAUAGCUACAAACUUAUGUGAAUGGUUGUAUGUGUUGGUUGAAGAAACAAAGCAUGAGAUUAUCCACCUAGGAGAACAACAAAAUACGACAAAUUCGAUGAUCGGCAAAAAAUACUGCCAGGAGGGUGAGGUGAUGGGCUCCCUGGUAAUUAGCGCGAGCCCAUUCCUAUUCCCCUGCACGAUUGAAUACAGCCUCAUAUGCGCCGUCAUACUUUUCGAGAUGUGGAAGAGGGUGAAGGAUAUGAAUUUGGAUCCAAGCAGCGACAAGGACAGCAAGCCAGGCGCUAGGACUACUAGCAAUGUCCAGAGAGACGAGAGGGUCGCGACUCAUUUCCAUUUCAAUCCUUUUGGAGGUCGAGUGGUCAAUUCUAAUCAUCACUUUACUGUGGACUGUUCAAACGCUCAUAGAGGUCUUUUUGCUGGCAUUAUGGUCAUUGUGCUCACGAUUAUUUCCUUAAUCAUGUUCUUCGUACUAAGUAACGCUGCACAUAAUGGCAUUCAGAAUCACAGAAUGGCAGAAUUUGAAGUAAGCAUGGUAGAACUGAUGUUGUACAUUAUCACAACCGUUGCUGUAGUGGCAGCUAUGAUACAGCUGAGGAAACUGAAAUAUGAUCGCAAGAUAGAUAACGAGGGAUAUACUGGAAUCGGCUUGGACAAUACGCUGCUCGUGGUGGCGCAGACCGGCAUGUUCAUCUACUGCAUGUUCUCCCUCAUCGGCUGUUACUUCACCAUGGAUUCCCAGAGCCCAAUAGGCUUCGCCGCAGAAAUAUUCUCCUUCAUCCAGACGUGCCUCCAAACUAUGUUCGUCUUAGACGGUUGGUUUAGGAGGUGCAGGACUAUCGAGCAAACGAAAACAAAACCCGGAAGGGAACUCAUAACCUUCCUCAUAGUGGCAAAUAUGGCCAUGUGGACCAUCAACACGCUGGAGAAGAACAGAGCUGAGUUCCGACCAACUCAUCUACAGUUCUUUGGGGAAUGGGCGUGGACCAUCAUCACGCAUAUUUCCAUGCCUAUGGCCAUAUUCUACAGGUUCCACUCGACUAUAUGUUUGUUCGAAAUAUGGAAAUCUUCAUACAAAAUUAAGACGCAUUACAAACCACAUAUGUUCCCUCUCUUGUAGUUAUUGUGUAGUUAUAGUCUCCUGUGAUUAAAUUUGUUUUAAUAGAAUUGCGAAAAUUUGUGAGCAGUAGAAUAUGGUUAAUAAAACAUACAUUUCAGUGAAA